AUUUAAGUAGCUCUAAUUAUGUUAUUAUUUGUUAUAAAAAUAAGAAAACCUAAACAUUAGUGUUUUUUUACUUUAAUACAAAAUACUAAACUAUUGUGUACUAAUUGCCAAAAAGCAACAGCAGAAACAGAUUGUUCAGAUUAGACUGUUGAAACACUUGAGAGAUAAACUUUGAUAUGAAAGUGCUUUAAUAUUAUGCACUUGAAAAGUGUCUUGAAAAAGAUUUUGAACUUGUUUCAAAAUCCAUCAGUUAAGUUUACAAAACCUGAGGUUAAAGCUACUGGUUUACAACACAUGCGUGAACAAAUAUCCGUGAAGAGCAUGUUUGCGGCUUCAAGUUACCAGUUUACAAGAUCAGUUGGCAGAAAUACAUUACACCCUGUGCCGUCAAUAGAUGAAAAGGACAAUGUCAAGCCUUUCCAGUUGGUUGUUAAGACGAGGAAAAGACGAUUCAUUUUCUUUGAGAAAGCAAACUUCAGCCCCACAGAAUUUCAGUUAACAGAUGUAAUGGUUGACACUGAGCCCAUGAAGACAGGACCUGUAGAAAGCCAGCUAAUGUCGGAUUUCAACAGGACCACCAAGCUGUCAUUAAAGGGCAAAUUUGGAGCACAACUGAGCAAGGAAAUAGUUGAUGCUGAAUUGGAGGCUUCAGACACAAUCUCUCUUAACAUCAAGUUUGGUGAGGUAACAAAAUAUGAAGUAAAAGAACCUGAACUUCUCUCCGAAUUGUCAAAAAGAAAUAUCAACAUGGAUCAUCCUUAUAUACGUCAGAUACAGAUGGACAGUCAUAAAUCAUUAUGUUUGAUAACUGGUGUUGCUUGUCUUAAAAAUGGUGGCACUAUACACAGAGAAACAGAUAUUGAUACAGAAGCAAGCCUUAAAGCCUCGUUUAUAAAAGGUGCUGAAGUCUCUUCAGGUUUUACGUCUGAAAGAGAUCGUGACAUCGGCCUCGCUCCACUAACACCAGUGGCAUUUAAUGUACAUGAGCUGAACGUUGAUAAGAGAACUGGAGCGCUGGAGUUAGUGCUUGCUAAAGGACGUUAUGGAGGGUUCAGGGACAGGAUUGGGUAUGACGAGGUCGAUGCCUUACCUGGUGACGUGGUAAACACUGAUGCGGGGGCUGAGAUGAAGAAACAGAUUGAAAUUGACUUGGACUAUCCAAAGAAAGUUUUUGCCCCUCUGUUUGAACUGACAGCAGCUGACAGAACCAAGUUAAAUAGCUUGUUAUUACAGUUGAUGUCUGUGCCACGAGAUAUGGUUGUUCUCUCAGACCUUUUGGAUGAUGUUGGCAGAGGUAAACAACUUCAAUUCAAGAUGGAUGACCUAAAAGGGAAAUUUCUAUCAUCAGAUGAAUCCUGGACUGAAAUCCUGAAAUUUGCUGGCUUCCAAGUAAAAGAUGGCCAUUUGUCUCACUCGGACAAACCAAGCACGAUGUUUCACGCUAUUGAGGAAUAUUUCGAUGCCGCAAGUAUGUUGGAUGAUGACAUGUUUGACCUGAUUAAACAAUUUUCGCCACAAACAGCUGACGCCAUGCUUACAGUGCUGUAUAAGGGUAUUAAAGGGAAAGAUGUCAGUGAUCCAGUCAUUGUUCAAGCUUGCCUCGGAGAUUCUACCUGUAUUAAAAUAUUGCUGGAUCUACAGUAUAGUAUACAAGGUGAAAUGCUCAAGGCUCCGGAACACCUUGUUUAUAUUAUUGAUGAAGUGUAUUGGGUUAUAUAUGCAUUGUAUGGUAAUGAUAAGAAUAGACAAUGAGAAGAGAAGAAUUGUAACAGUGGUAUAGUGAAUGUUUAAAGGAAUACACAGGCAAAAGAAUGACAAAAAGAUUAAUUUGGUCUUGUUUACUCAAAUCACAUUUUAAAUGAAAUGAAAGUCCAAUCACGUUUUAUCUAUAUAAAUAAUAUAUUAAUAAGGUUUUGAAUUUAAAUUAUAUGAACGUAUGUUAAAGGAAAUUGAAAUGCAGAUGGAAUCAUGCAGUUAUUUUACAAAACAUGGGGUGGCUUUAUUAUAUAGAGAUUAAAUGUAUUGUAAAUUUAUUAUUUUUUCCUUUUGGUUAUUACAGUUAGGUUGUACUUUAUAUGAGUCGCGUCACGACAAAACCAAUAUAGUAUGUUUGUGACCAGCAUCCGCGCAGUCUGGUCUGGAUCCAUGCUGGUCGCAAACGCUCUAUGUUAGUUUUGUUGUGACGCGGCUCAUAUAAUUUUUUUUGUAGAAAUUGAGAUAUAUCAUGUAUUUCAUUAUAGUAUAGUUUAAAAAAAUGUAUAGUCUGUUUCAAAGCUUAUUUUUCAAAUAGUAUAGUUUUGAAAAUGUAUAGUCUCUUUCAAAACUUAUUUUCAAAUAGUAUAGUUUUGAAAAUGUAUAGUCUGUUUCAAAGCUUAUUUUUCAAAUUGUAUAGUUUUGCAAAUGUAUAGUCUGUUUCAAACUUUAUUUUUCAAAUAGUAUAGUUUUGAAAAUGUAUAGUCUGUUUCAAAGCUUAUUUUUGUAUGAGAAAGUUUAUUAUGUAUGAAAAUACUUUGCCACGGAUGUCAUAUGUGGCCGAUGUACUUGUAUUUAUUGUAAAUAUGUCAUCUCAUGGACAAGUCUGGUCUACUGGCUUUGUGAAAUUAAGAUUUUCAUGUUGCAUGUCAGCAGAUGAUUAGUCAGUAUUAAAAAAAAAAAAAAAAAAAAAAAAAAAAAUUUAAAAAAAAAAAAAAAAAAAUUAUUGUGUAUGAAAAUGUAUAAAUAUCUACAAUCUAUGCAAUGCCUUUCAUGCAAUGUAAUGUCACUGAUUAAUAUACAAUAUAGUAUGGUGUAUGAUUAUAAUUUUGCUAUUUUUGUAACCAUAUUUUUACCCUGUAACUAACAGCUAGAAAAAAUUUGUUGUUUUUCUUACUUUUCUUUUUUUUCCUUUUUUUUCUUUUUUCCCCAUAUUUUGACACAUUUGAUAAUAUAUCUAUACAUGCUAUGUAUAUAAUGCUCUUUUUUGGCUAAGAUUUACAUUAUUUGCUUAAUUGACAUUUUGCAUAUUUUUUUUUGUACUAGUUAAAACUUAAAUUUGCUGCUGAAAUUUAAAAACAACAACAACAGUAUUUACACAUAAAUCCAGGGACUAGAUAUAGAUCUGUUUGAAUAUGUAAUUAUCAGGAAUUGUAAUGCCAAAAUAUAAAUGAUAUCAGUUAGUUUUUACUCAGUAAUACUGAGUUUUGUCACACUAUAUAUCUGGACUGGUUUACUUGUAUUUAUACACGUGAAAAUGUGCUAUAUACCCUUGUUACAUGAGCUCGGAUGAUUUAUUUUUAUAUCAAUUUAUUUUUGAACUAUAUUUGAUCUUUUUUUAGGAAAAAUUAAUUAAGAAUUAAUAAAAAGUAUAUUUUAACUAAUUUUAGAUUCAUUGAGUUCGAUUUUUCCUGCCAAAAUUUGAUUGUUCAUGUAAACUUUAUUAUUAUAAUUAUUUUCUUUUGUAAAAUUGGAAUGUUGCGAUAUGAUCUAUACUGUGUCGCUGUUACGUAAAACCAAAAACAUACAAAAAAAACAACAAAAAUCUAUGUUAGUUGUAAACAUCCCUCAUAAUUGGUUAUAUAAUUAGGCAAAAAUAUAUAUAUAAUUAUAUAUCACAUACAUGUACAUGUAAAACAUGACCCAGAAGUGUAAUAAAGCCACUUAAUAAAAACGAUUUUACACUAGUGUAAGAACACUGAUGUGACAUCAUUUGUAUUAAAGUAAAUGUCACAUUGUAGGUGCGUCAACGAAAAAUGACUCUUUGUUUUAAAUAUAAAUCAUUCUUAUUUUGAAUAUGUGAUACAUAGAAUAUUAUAUUCGUGUAGAUUCAAUACUAAUUUUUUUGAACUUGUUGAAUACAACCAGAGGCUCGCCAUAAUAUAAUUUUAUUCAACAUAUUCACUUAAUUAAGUAUUAAUUUUCACUCAUUCAGUAUGAUCUAUAAAUGAUCCGCGUCAUGACAAAACCAACAUGGUGCAUUUGCGACCAGCAUGGAUCCAGACCAGCCUGCACAUCCACGCAGUCUGAUCAGGAUCCAUGCUGUUCGCUUACAACUCCAUAACAAGUAGAGAAACUGAUAGCGAACAGCAUGGAUCCUGAUCAGACUGCGCGGAUGCGCAGGCUGGUCUGGAUCCAUGCUAGUCGCAAACCCAUUAUGUUGGUUUUGUCAUGACGCGGCUCAUAUAUUUAAAAGUUGAUGGAAAAUUUGUGAACAGUAUGCAAGCAUCAGUAAAGUGCUAAAAUGUUAGUGGUUCUUUAUUCUGUAAUAGAAAUUAAUGUGCCAAUAAAAUGUAUGCAGCAUAAAAUGCUAAUAGAUUAAAAUCUAUGUACAAUUGCAGUAUAUCUAAAUUGCAAAGCGCAAUGUGCAAAAAGAUUAAAAAAAUUUUUAAAAAAGACCCUUCUUGUGUAGAAUUGACGGAAAGUUUUAUACUUGACAUUUCGUGUGUAUCUCUUCUAUGUACGAAAUAGACCUGUGUUAAUAGGUAUAAUUUAAGGAUUGUCUUUAUAGAACAUAUAGAUGAAUAGAAUCAACAUUAUUCCAGAGUGCCAGUCUUCAAUCAUUAUUGGCUGGACUACCGCCUCCGUGGUCGAGGGGUAAGAGUCAAUGACUCCUAAUCCAGUUACCUCUUUGGCGUGGGUUCGUUCCCCGGGAGAUGCUUUGGUAGUUUAGCGUGUAGGAAGGUAGUCUAGUACUGGUGUAACUCUCCAGGGCUUUCAUUUGUUCAAAUAAAAGCCCUGGGGUAAAAAUUGGCCUGCCCUAGGGGGUCACUGAUUUUCAUUAUUUUGUAUAGAGUAAAAAUUUAAUAAUCUUCCUUUAAAAAACCAAAAAAAAAUUGAGUUUAGAUACUAAGCAGGAAAUAUUUUCUAGUUAGUGUCUACCAGGUUUGAAUAAAUAAGAGCCCUGGGGUCAAAAUUGGCCCCUCCCCGGGGGGGGGGGGGCAGAGGUCAUUAGUUUUUCCUAUAUGUAUAUAGUAAAAACUUUAAAAAAAUCUUCUUAUAAAAAACCCAAAGAGUUAAAGCUUAGAUAUUUAUCAUGAAACGUCUUCUAAUGGCUGUCUACCAAGUUUGUUCAAAUUAAAGUCCCUGGUUUAAAAUUGGCAUUGGCCCAGGGGCCUAUAUACAGGUGAGAGAUUUGAGGGCCAUUAUGGCCCUCUUGUUUCUUUUGUUAGGUCCUCUUUGGCCUUCCUUUUCAGUUUAGCCCACUUUCAAUGCAAGGUUGCUCUGCCCCAGAUCAGUUAUCUUGCAACUGAUGUCUUUUCAAAUUUCAGACUUUCAGCCCAGAUAACCUAUAAAAACCUUUAUAACUUAUAAUACAUGUACCUAAAAUAUUAUGGAUUGUUGAAUGUUAAAGUGUUGAACAUGUAUAUUUUAUUUGCAAUCUUUUGUAAUUUGUUUAACCACUAUCAACAUAUAUAUGAUCUCCAGCUUAACCCAUGUGUAAUGUUUCAAACAUCAAGGGUUGGCUGCAAUAUUGCAGUAAAUGAUAUGAAAUAAAGAAGGACUUACAACAGUCUUGCUGUAAACCAUAUCAUCACUACAAUAUUGUUUUUGUUAAGACUUGUGUUCUGUAUUUUAAACUAUUAGCUAAAUUUAUGUUAUCUAACUUCAUUGACUGAGAUUAUAGUACAUUUACCCAUGUUAUCAUUUUAUUGAAUGGUUUCAUUAAUAGUGAAAUACACAUAUUACAAAAUAUGUUUUCAGUCCUGGACUAAAAAUCACAUGUGUUUUCAAUCCAGGACUAAAAAUUACAUGAAGUGUUUUCAGUCCCGGCUAAAAUUACAUAAUGUGUUUUCAGUUGUGGACUAAAAUUACAUAAUGUGUUUUCAGUCCUGGCAUUAAAUUACAUAAUGUUUUUUUCAGUCCUGGACUGUAUUAGAUAAUGGAUUUUAGGUGUGCCAUAUAGGGACAUAAAAUUUACAUAAUUUCUUUUCAGUCCUGGACUUAAAUUACAUAAUGUGUUUUCAGUUGUAAUAAAAGAACAAAUUUUUUAUUGUACAUUUAUACUUGUAGUUACAUGUCCCAGUUCAAACAAAUUCUGCCAUUGAUGUGUUAGUUUAGAUGUUAUCUAUUUAUAAGAUUUUCAGCCGUGUCCCAAUAUGGCCGACUUCUGUAUGAAAGAGUUAGGACUAUAUUUAACAAUGGAUUUUAGGUAUGCCAUAUAGGGAUAUCAUGACACUCUUGUUUUUAAACAUAUUUAAUAAGCAUCUUAGGGCACUCGUGACUUUCUUGCUAUUAAGUGGAAAACAAUUGACUAUUUGAUUCGUGUUUAAUUAUGUGUUAACUGCGGUCUGUAGUAGAUUGAUAACAGUGAGUGCCUUCUUUAUUGCAGAAUUACAAAUAUAAUUGUUGGUAACAAGGUGCUUAUGACUAUUUUUGUGAUACUGUUGAAAUUAAAACAUGUAUACUUAAACUGUUAUUUCCUUUUACAUUGUUUUAAGAUUACUUUUGUUAUUGUAUUAUAAACAUGAAGUCAACUUCCAGAUUUAUUUGUAACAUCUCUAGGAAGUUGGUUUUAAUACUUAAAUUAUUUAAUACUUAAAUACUUAAAACUGUAAUACAUGUACUUGAAACCAUUUGAGCCGCGUCAUGACAAAACCAACAUAGUGCGUUAACUUUGUGCAGUCUGAUCAGGAUCCAUGCUGUUCGCUUUCAGUUUCUCUACUUGUAAAAGGGUUGGUAAGUGAACAGCAUGGAUCCUGAUCAGACUGCACGAAUGCCCAGUCUGGAUCCAUGCUGGGCGCAAACACAUUAUGUUGCUUUUGUCAUGAUGCGGCUCAUUUUAUUAAAAUAUAUAGGUUACGCAAUAGCUCAAUUGGUUAGACCACUGACUGUCUCUCCUGAGGUUCCGGGUUCGAUCCUGGGUAACACCCUUGGGAUUUUUCAGAGACACUUUCAGUGUUUCCCACAUACCUAGAGGUUUACUGGUAAGAAACCCAGUUAAUCCUCGCAUGUAUCAGUGCUAUUCAAUAAGAGCUAUGGACUUGUUCCCAGACUCCCUUGUAACUCCUAGCUGUAUCUAGAGUCUGCUGAGGUAAGGACCCUACUGGAAAUAAGUGCUUGCACUUUCGGAGGUUAUCCUUGACCGCCCGGUCUAAAGAAAAUCAAUCAAUCAAUCAAAUAUCUUAAUGCAGUUGUUCACAUAGGAACAAUGAUUUGUUUUGACUAGAGAUGUUUAUUCCCUAUGUCUUAUUUUGAGUGACAUUUCUUCAUUAAAAUAAAACUUCUGUUUUUUUA